UUGAUGACUGUGUCAAUUUUACAAAUUUCAAUGCACCAAAAUUAUUAUCAAUAAAGAAUGAAAAUUUCCUUGAUGGAUAUUUACAUGUUAAAAAAUUUGAAAAUUUCCAUGCACCAAUGUAACAAGAAGUUAGAAUUGAUGAAUUUUCACUCUCUGAUACAGGUUCAUUUUAUUUCGAAAAUGUACAAAAGAUUGUUAUGCAUUCAUAUGCGUCAUUGCAUGGAAAAUUUAACCCUUCAAAUCUUGUUGACUUAUCAUUGAUUUGUUGCAAAUUGGAAGAUUUUUAUAAAGCCUUUGCAAAUAUUGAUUUCCCAUCAUUACGUAAACUUACAAUAGAAGUUGAGGGAAUUGCUGAAGAUGUUCACCUUAAAGAUUUCUCAUUCACUAGAUGUUAUCCAAAUGUUACCUAUUUGGAUUUGGACAACUUCAUCAACAUUCAGAGUCCUUCUCUGAAUGAAUGUUUAUCAAGAUUCCCAAGUUUGAAACAACUUGAUCUAUAUCCAAAUCAUAAACCUGGUGAUUUCAAAAUAGAGGGUAUUUGUUGUGAUAAGCUUGAAAGAUUGGAAAUUAGUCCAGUGGGUAUUAUAAAUAACAUUGAAAUUAUAAAUUGUCAAUUUAAAAAUUUAAAAAUUUAAAAUCAUUCAGAUUAGAGACAAAACGUUCAGUUAAUCCUGAUGAUCAAUCAAGUUAUACAGCUAAUGGGAAACUUGAUUUCCAAGCAGUACCCAAUCUUGAAAUUUUUGAGGUUGAUGUUAAUAUGGAUAGUAUAAAUCUAUCAAAUUUCCAAUGUUGUAAAAUUAAAAAAAUUUCUUUAAAAGGUGUCGUAUUUGAUAUUGGAUUAGGUGAUAUUGGUGAACUUGAACAAUUAGAAAUCACCCGCAAUUUU